CCCGAGGCGGGGAGUGCCGGAGCGCCGGCGGCGACGACGGCCGCGGCGGCAGCGCAGGCUCGGUGCGUGGGUGCUCGGCGGCUGGGGGUCCGCCCGCGGGCUGCGGUGCAAGCGGGCGGCCCGGCGCCUCUCCUCCCCCGCCCGCCGCCGCCGCCGCUGUGAUUGGGUGGAAGAUGGCGUUGGGCGGAUGGAAAUCCUAAUGACAGUCUCCAAAUUCGCCUCCAUCUGUACCAUGGGCGCCAAUGCCUCGGCAUUAGAGAAAGAGAUUGGUCCAGAACAGUUUCCAGUCAAUGAGCACUAUUUUGGAUUAGUCAAUUUUGGGAAUACCUGCUACUGUAAUUCAGUUCUUCAAGCACUUUAUUUUUGUCGUCCAUUUCGGGAAAAAGUUCUAGCUUACAAGAGCCAACCUAGGAAGAAGGAGAACCUUCUUACCUGCCUAGCAGACCUCUUCCAUAGCAUAGCCACUCAGAAGAAGAAGGUUGGGGUGAUUCCUCCUAAGAAGUUCAUAACAAGAUUACGGAAGGAAAAUGAACUUUUUGACAACUACAUGCAGCAAGAUGCCCAUGAAUUCUUAAAUUACCUACUAAACACAAUUGCUGAUAUUUUACAAGAAGAGAGAAAGCAGGAAAAGCAAAAUGGCCGUUUACCUAAUGGGAAUAUCGACAGUGAAAAUAACAGCAGCACACCAGACCCGACGUGGGUUCACGAGAUUUUUCAGGGAACAUUAACAAAUGAAACCAGAUGUCUUACUUGUGAAACUAUAAGCAGCAAAGACGAAGAUUUUUUAGACCUUUCUGUUGACGUGGAACAAAACACAUCGAUCACUCACUGCUUAAGGGAUUUUAGCAACACAGAAACUCUGUGCAGUGAAUACAAAUAUUACUGUGAAGAAUGUCGCAGCAAGCAGGAAGCACACAAACGGAUGAAAGUUAAAAAACUGCCCAUGAUUCUAGCUCUACACCUGAAGAGGUUUAAAUACAUGGAUCAACUUCAUCGAUACACAAAACUGUCUUACCGGGUAGUUUUUCCUUUAGAACUUCGUCUGUUCAACACCUCCGGCGAUGCAACCAAUCCUGACCGAAUGUACGACCUUGUCGCCGUGGUGGUUCACUGUGGAAGUGGUCCCAAUCGAGGACAUUAUAUCGCAAUAGUUAAGAGUCAUGAUUUUUGGUUGCUGUUUGAUGAUGACAUUGUAGAAAAAAUAGACGCACAAGCUAUUGAAGAAUUCUACGGGUUGACAUCAGAUAUCUCAAAGAACUCUGAGUCUGGUUACAUCCUUUUCUAUCAGUCUCGGGACUGAGGGGGACCGUGAUGAAGAGAUACUUUCUGCCUCAUUUCUUCUCUGGUUAUUUCGGAAAGGAUCAAGCACUGAUUUUUCAAGAAAAGAGAGAUGCAGGAAGCUCAGGGGGCAGUAGCACACUUUGCACACAAUAAAGCAAAGACUCUGGAUUAACACGCUCUUCCUAUCAUGGUAGUUGAUUUAUUUGCUCAGGUAUCAGGCCAUCCGCGCAGUUCCACCCAACCAGGAAGUGAGAUCAGAGAUAGCAGCUCCUCUCGCGAAACCGCCUUCCAGUAACUGACACGUGUGUUCUCUUUAUUCGCUGCACCAGUAGUGGUUUGGACUCCUUGGGGGUGCGGGAGAAAGAACAGGAAUCUGUGCUAGGUUGUUGUCGAUCGUUUUCGGGAGAUGACACGGACCGCGCUGCGUACGCUUGCCCGUGUCGCACGUGCACAGAGCUGUACGCGGUGGUCUUUUCAGGCGUCAACUAGAACUACAUUCGGGCCCAACACUUACGGUUGCCUUCCUGAUGGAAACACGAACAGACGACUAGAACCCAGUGUCAGGAAGGCAAAUAAUGUUUUGCUUCUCUGAAGAAGCUUAUAAUAAUAUACAGUAUAUGUAUAUGUAGGGAACAAUUGGUCAAAAGUGGCUCUUUGUUUCCCCCAGGGGAAAGGCUGGCUUUGUAAGUAUAAUUUUUUUUUCUUAUUUAUUUUACUGAAAACUGGUAGAGUUCUAAGUAGCGUAUGAAGUGCCCACGAUUCUGUUAGUAAAUUGGAGCUUAUUUUUAUUAGUUUUUGUCAGUUUGAGCUUGUCCUUUGGUUUGUUUCUAUUUCUGAAGUGGAUUUUAAACUAUUCUAAAUCAGGCGAUAACCUUCAGAAAAAUUGCAGUGAGAGGAGGUGAGUACUCGUUUGCAGGAGGCACUGAUAUCUCUGGCUAAACGGUGGUCCUUUCGACCAUAGUUUAGAAGUCAGUUAUUUUACUCAGCUUUAAUUUCGAGACAUAAAAACCUAUCAAAAAUCCCCUGUCGCGGUUGGAACGAUGGAAGAAAUUCUGGUGCGGUGGUGGCCCACCAGUCCUUAGGGUUCGUAAAAAUUCUCGCGUUUCGCGUUGAAGCCGUGUUUGGAAAACCUGCGUCCUGGCAGUUAGCAUUCUCUUCAAAUGUCAUUCUUUACCCUGGAGAGAAGGAAUCUGGCAUGACCCCAGCAGCCUGGCCACCUAGCUGCAGACCACACGAGGAUAAACGCUGAAGGAAGCAGACCAGGAAGACACGAAGCAAGUCCCUUCCUACCCCACCCCACCACCCAUCUCCCCGUUCAUCUUUGCAAAUCGUACCGGAAGAGUGUUUGGAAACUAAGCUCUGCAUCUGUUAAGACUUCCCCGUCGGGGGUUCUAAGAAGUAAUAUAUGUAAUGUAAAAUGUAUGUAAGCCGUCGCGGUUGACGCUUUUCCGCGCAGCAGUGAGUUGGCUGAUGGUGGCCGAAUGUAACGUUCAGAAAAUAAUUGAAUAUAUAUUCAGAAUACUAGCAAUCAGGCCUUGGGUGUUCUUUAAGUCUUUUUAGGCGGUAAUUUUUUUUUAAUUGCUGUAAUUUUCUAAACUUAUUUUACUAAUACUGUUGAAUAUGGGAAAAAAACACGAAAAAAUUUUUUGUCUGCUGCUAUUUAUUAACAUUUUAUUAUCUGUAUCUUUUUAGCUCAGGAAAUGACUUCACCUAUUCGUUCCGUGAACCGAUCUUUAACAGGGUCACUUGGCUAAUUGGGCUGUUUCAACAGAUACGCUGGGAGAAAAUGAUGUAUUUUGACAGCUUGCUUUUUAAGAUACGGUUGCUAAAGCCUUACGCGGCCGGCCGGAAUGGGUUUCUACAAAUUACAGAGCCCGCCUGACGACAGCAUUGCACAGAGACUCACAACGGAGAAUGUGAGUCUCCAUUAGUACAGCUGCAAGGUCACAGGACGGGGGAAGUGGACACUUUUUUUUUUUUUUUUUUUUUUAAUUUUGAGGGCUUAAACCAAAUUGUCUUGGAAUUUGAGGCUGUGUUUCUGCAGCUUUCCGCGCAUGCAGAGAAAGAAGCGAAGCGAGGCUGAGUCUGUUUUUUUACACGAAUAAGGCCACAGCGUGUUGAAGAAAGAUAGAUGAAGUCAUUUGCAUAGAGGUACAGCACUGGAAUACCAUGCUGUAUUUGUUUCUACAUUUUGCAUUUUAAAAACUACAGUUAAGAGGCAAGGUCAAGUUUUCAUAUUAAGGCAAGUUCUAGCAUUUUUCUGGUAGUUACACCCUGUUCACAUCCACACCGUGUUUGAUAGUGUGAUUUGUCAGGGGCGGGGCCGUGGGGGUUAUCGUUCUCAAUUUCCUCUUUACUCUUAGUACAGCUGCAUCUACAUGAAAUGUUUGGAAGCUUCUCAGAAACUCAGUAUCCUUUAAAAACCUAGGGUUAGGGUUGGGGACAAAAAAAAUGCAGGUAUGGUAAGAAAAGUGAGCCGUAUAGAAAGCAUCGUGAGAUUGUCAGUUGGCAGUGAUUGAAAUGAGGGGGUGGGUUUCCGUUGUAAAUGGUGGCUGAUCGCUCUCUAACUAUGUACAUGUUUGUUGGGAUGGCUGUCCCAUAUUUUGUAUAUUGGAAUAAAAAUUUCUAUAAAUUAUCGUAACUGAAAGUAAAUAUUCUAAGUUAAGUCUCACUGCUCAGUCACACGGCUUCCGGCUUGGGAACUUCACCAGUAGAAGAUUGCUCAAGACGGGGGCCGUGAGACUCCGGGAAAAGGGGAAAAAGGAAAUGGGUAACACAUGGGUCCUGUUGCCUCGAACCAUCAGCGUCGGAUUUUUCUUUUCUGGGAUGGCAGUAGAAAGACCUCGCGUCCAUAACAUACUACUCUUGAUACUUUCUUUAAGGACACUUUUCAUUAACGAUUCUCUCAUGAGGUAUUAAACUAGGAGCCGGGAGGCUAAGGCGCUCAGGUCCUGGCCCUUCAGUGAAUUUAACUGUGUGACCUUGGGCAAGUCACUUAACCUCUCUGUGCUUCAGUCUCCCUGUCUUGUAAAACGGGAGUAAUACCUACCUCACAGGGUUGUUGUGGGGAUUAAUUAGAUACAAUGUCUGUAAAGCAUCUAAGGUUCUUGAAGAAGGCGCUAUAUAAAUACAAAAUAAUAUUAAAGUUGGUUUAUUUGUG